AUGCCGACGAGCCGCCAGAAGCGAGAACAGCAUGCGACUCGCUGUGAUGCCUCGCGCGGGCAGCAGGUGAUGGAUCGGCUCGUGAGGGUCGUGCAGCGCGAGCAGCGAUUGCAGGCCACAUCCGGGGAGCAGGCUACAAGCAACUUUAACUCCCAGCCGCAGCCUGGAUGGAGAAGAGAGUGGAAAACUGCGCAGAAUCAGAAGGGCUCCUUCAUGGGACCAGACCUGUCAUGGGCGGACGACCAGAGCUGGCUACAGGGCUCCAAGGCAUGCUUUUUACAGAGCGGGUACCCGAGCAGUACUUCUACGGACCAUAGACCAGGCCCGACAGCCUCUACUGCCGCCACUGCUGCCAGAAAGCCCUCUAUGCCCUCUCUCCCAGCUCGACCGCAGCAGAUCUCGAAAGCCUCUUUUGAGAAGUAUGUCGCAGAGGUGCGAGUUGGAGUCCAGCAAGCGCUGCUGGAUCCUGCGCCUGAUGCCACUGAGCUGCGGCGCUACACGGAAGAGCUCGCACAAGCCCUGCGUACUCUCACAAAGCCAGCUCCGGCUUCGACAAAAGCCAGAAUCUCUGAGGCGAUGGCGCCAGUCUGGGACAUGCGCUCGAACUGCGCUACAAAACCUGAGGCUGACCUCAUGGCCUUGGCAAGUGCUCUGGAAGUCUUGGAAAAGUCGUGUAGCCUUGCCAAGGAGGAGGCGACGCCGGAAUCCGGCAGCUGA